GUGCCAGCUCACAGCGCAGGAUGAAUAGAGAUGCCAUGACAGAUGAGAUGGAUGUAGACAUGAAUGAAUCAGACAAUCAGAUUGAAAAACGGCGCACCGGCAGUCGCUCCGUGUCUGUUGAGAGCUACAGCCCUUCCUUCGACUUGUUCGUGGGCUCCGUGGCCACCUCCAUCGAGGAUCUGAAGCGAGGCGCCCUCUCGGCCGUCAGCCAGGCCGAAAAGGAGGCACAGCAGCUGGCGGACGACAUAGACAAGAUGGUGGCUGACAGGGGAGGGAGGAAGCGCGAGAGGGAGGGCAUAUCCGAGUAUCUCCAGCUCAACGUCGGCGGUGAGUAAAGAUCUAGAGAGAGGACGACAGAUCUGUCACGAUUGUGUCUUUUGGUGUGGCCACUGGUGGGUUCAGGUCGUCUGCUUCAGUUCCCCUGGGAGGCUUUGUUCCACCCCGUGCUGCACCACACGCCCCUGGCGCAGCUGCUGCUGCACUUCACCGAUGCGCUGCCGCGCGAUGCCGACGGCAGGCCGUUCAUCGAUGUGUUUGACGCUUAUAUCGACUGGCUCGCUGGUGGGUGGCAAACCCCUCCCUCACACGUGAAGUACACACACCGGUAUGGGAUGCUGCCGAUGUCCUCUGUCUGUCUGUCUGUCUGUCUGUCUGUCUGUCUGUCUGUGUGCGUGUGCAGAUCAGGUGGCGAUGAUUCACGGCCGAAUGAUUGACAGGGUCGAGCUGGAGGACCAACCCGAGGCGACCGACCCGGCAUUUUCGGAACCACAUUCAAUCCUCAUGACGCAACUGAACCUCGCUCCACCGGCAGCCACGGCCGCAGCCACGGCGGGGGACGGCAGCCGCACUCUCGAGGCGCUCAAGGAGGCCAUGGACGACAAAGUUGCCCAGCUGCGGGAGGUCAAGCUGCAGUACGAGAAGCUGAUGGACCUGCUCACGCCGUUCCUUCGCAGUGGUGAUGAGGACGACGACACGGUGGUGAGCGUGACGGUGCUGGGCAAGACCGUGUCGACCGUCAAGGCCACGCUCAACAGGCUGGGCCGCGAGCAUCCCCUCUACAAUAGAUUCAACGCGUGAGCACACACUCACAACAGACAGACAGACAGACAGACCCAUGCGACCCAUUCAAGCAAAUAUAGGUGUGUGUCUGUCUGUUGUCUGCAGGGGUGCUCUGCCGUGGAGCGGCAGCGAAGUGCGCAAGACAUCGUCUGACCAUUUCCGGCGCAUCGUAGACUUUGCCCGGAGACAGCGGACAGCCAUGGCAGGGACCGUGGUCAAAUCGCCGGUGGUCAAGGUGUCGCUGAUGCCCGUCAUGAGGAUCGACUGCGGCAUGUACAACAUGCGCCCGGCAGAGGUACGCGCCAACAUCGCCUCGGCGAGCGAGAUGGACAAGAUCGCCCGCAUGACGGGCAAAGGCGACACACGCAUGAGACGCCUUUACAAGUAAGGAGAGAGAGACCAGGCAGGCCAAGGAGCAUAGAGAACCGUCUGUUCUGUUCUGUUCUGUUGGUGCGGUGGGUGCAGGUUGAGUCGUGACGGCAAGCUGUUCACCGACCUGCUGGGCUGCGUGGGCAUGGCCAAGAGCCUGCUGCUCCUCAUCCAGCACAACAAGCACCGCUUUGGGUGUUGGCUGGAGGGGCCCCUGGAGCAGCCCGACGACCCCCGAGGCGAGAAGCUGACCAAGUGUCCCAUGUUCUUCGUCUCAAUCAGCGGCGCCUACGACCACCCCACGCGCAUCGACGUGCCGGCCAACGAGCAGCGUGUGUCGGUGGCGGGCACCGAGACGGGCGUCAUGGAUGCCAACGACUUGCCGCGCGCCAACAUGUGCAUCGCCACGGGGCGGCUGUGGAUCGGCUUCGGCAGGUGGGCGCCAUCGCCAGACGUCCGUAGUGUGCAGCAGUGGGUGGAGAGGGAGUUGCUGGGUACCAAGUACCGGGGCGAGAUCAACCCCAUGGGGAACGGCACUCUGGCGGAGGACGACAACUGCACCGUGGACGAGAUCGAGAUAUGGAAGGUUAGCGCCUCGUGUCUGUCAGUCCACCGUGCGCGUCUCAUGUCUGUCGGUUCCUUCCCCUUUGUGCAGGUCGGCCUCGCAUGAGGGGUGCCGCCCGCCCGCUGCAGAGACCCUCGCCGCUCUCUCCCCUCUUUAGUAGUCUGUCUGUCUGUCUGGUGCGGAUAGCAUACGACUCUUAUAUGUGCGCGCUGUACGUACCUACGCCAGUGAAUGAGUGUUAUCGCAUUUAUUGGACCAUUGCAAUCGUGGCUUCGGUGUCCUGUAUUAGUUUGUCCUGACGCUGCGUGUGGAUGCAUGUGUAUGUGUGUGUUGCCUGACUGCAUGGCUGCGUAUCAUUGGCUUUAUGCAAAUCGUGUUUGUGUACGUGUGUUCGUGUACGUGUGCGUGUGCGUGUGCGAUGUGGCUGGUGGCAAUAAAUCAAUUCAAUGGAAAUCGAC